AUAAAAAAUGACUUAAAUUAUAAAAACUCUUAGUGUAAUUUUAGUUUUUAUUAGUUUAGUUUCGUGACAAAAUGAGUGAAAAAAAAGAUGUGAGUGAAAAAACAGUGGAUUUAGACGAGGUUUUGGACAAUUACGGAAUAUUUAAGCGUUACCAUGGCGAAAUGAUUAUUCUGGCGUUCCUGGCUUUUGCUACUAAUAACAUUUAUUGUUCGAAUUACGUGUUUGCGGCCGAAGAUGUGUCUUACAGAUGCAAAGACGAUUUGGAAGAUGCCUCAUACUGUGGCGCAUCAAACGCCACGUAUUACUGUUCAGAAUGGGCGUACGAUAAUCCUAAUAGUUUUGUUGCAUACUUUGAGUUAGCCUGUCAAGAAUGGAAGAGGACACUCGUGGGAACGAUGCACAGCUUUGGGUACAUGUGUGGCUUACUGCUUGUUGGGCCAAUGUCUGAUCGGCUAGGAAGAAAAACAGCGAUCGUGGUUACAGGAAUUUUCGGCGCAGUUCUUGGAACUUUGAGGAGUUUCUCCACAUGGUACUGGUUCUACAUAGCAAUGGAGUUUAUGGAAGCUGCCAUAGGAGAUAUUUGCUCGCCGAUGUAUGUAUUGACACUGGAAAUGGUGUCUUCAAAGAAGAAGCUAGUGUUUUUCAUGGUAUGCAGUUUCGGUUUCACUUUCGGAGGAGUUGCCUCAGCUUUUAUAGCUUGGUUGACACCAGAUUGGAGAUGGUAUCUGAGAGCGAUAUACACACCGGCAUUCCUAUUCUUCUUUUACAAGUACCUGCUAGAUGAGAGUCCAAGAUGGCUGCUAACUAAAGGGAGGAAAGACGAAGCGAUAAAUAUUCUAGAAAAAGCGGCGAAGAAGAAUAAAAUUUCCAUCGACAAGCAUUCAUUACAGAACUUAACUUGUGAAGUGAGAGAGAACGUUAGGUUUUCAGAACUGUUAAACGACACGUUUAAAUCCAAAACGCUGAGGAAGCGUUUCUUUGUUUGCGUGAUCUGGUGGAUAACGUGUACCUUCGUGAACUAUGGACUCAUGAUUAAUUCGGUGUCUUUGCAAGGGAAUAAGUAUGUAAACUUCGCGUUGAGCAUGUUGGUCGAUCUACCAGCUUCUGUGGCCACCACUUACAUACUGAUACAUUUCAAGAGGAAGGUUCCUUUGAUGCUCUCGUUCUUCGUUGGCGCUGCUAUGUGCUUGUCGCAACCAUUUCUACCAACAAAUUUGCCUUGGCUGUCGGUGACAGUGUACAUGGCCGGGAAGCUGAUGUCCUCAUUCUAUUUCGCCAUAACAUACCUCUACACCUUGGAACUGUUCCCGACCUACACCAGGAACUCCAUGCAUGCCUUGUGCUCCUCCGUCGGGCGGAUCGGUUCCAUUGUGGCACCACAAACACCUCUUUUGAUGGUGUAUUGGCCCGGUCUACCCUCUUUCGUGUUCGGCCUGGCUGCCCUCAUCGCAGGGCUGUCCACAUUCCUCGUGCCUGACAUAUCUGAUGACUCGUUACCGGAUACCGUUCACCAGGCUGAGGCCCUGGGGAAGCCGAAGAUGCCCUCGAAGGCCACAGGGGCCUAUAACGAGGGAUUUGAUACUCAAAUGUGAUCCAAUAUUAGUAUUAUUAGUACAAUAAGUAAGGAUUUAAGUGUUAAUUGUGAUAGAGACGCAAUAAUGUUGUUGUGAAUUGUUAUAUUUAGUUUUAUUCUAAUAUACUAACUGAUAUUUUAUUGUUCAACAAUGUUUACCCAUUUGUCCAAUGUCUAUGUGUAACAAUGCGUUAAAUAAAUAAAUAUAAAUAAGGGACCUACAUAUAAACCUGAACAUUUCUUUGAUCUUGUAUUAGGCAUGUUAGACAUCUGACGACGAGGUCCUUGGUUCAAGGAAUUCGCAGUAGUAAAGACAACAGUUCGAGGCCACUACCACUGCACUGUACGUCAAAUUCAUUGAUUACUAUGGUAUUCUCAAUCAAUUAGGGAGUUCAACAGAGUUAUAUUACUAAAGCCGGGGACUGGCUAUCCUUAAAGAAAUGUCAACUUGAAUCUUCAGCCUAUUUGAACGGCAACAUGUGACAUACGCGUGUUUCUGGUACUAAUAAUAUAGUGUUUUAAGCCAUAUUAACUCCUUGGAGUUAAAGGUUCAUUCCGGGGAACAAACUUCUUAAAAUCCCUCGGAAAAGAACCGACUAGGCUAUUACUAUAAAUGGUGUUACAAUAAUUUUAUAAAAUGGGUAAAUAAUUAAA